AGCCAUAGCCAUAACCAUCACGAUUCUAGCAUUUUGAAACCUAACCUAAUGUCACAUCCACUACCACCGUCUUUUUCUUCUGAUCAGAUGGGUGAUUACAUUGGUAUGGAGAGCUGUCUUGACUUGAAGAAUUAUGAAUAUUUGCGUGGGGAGAGUAGAGAAGAAGAGAACGCGGGAACACGUGUUCAAAACUAUCUCCGUGGUAAGAGAGAUGAACGGUGGUCAAUGAAGAAGAAAGAGUUCCCUCCACCAAUAUCCUUGCUCGCACGUACAGAGAACCAACCUUCGCAUAUGCCGUUUGUGUUGAAGAGAUACAACACCAAUGAUGGCCGGUUGAUCCUAAGGAUGGUGAGGGUGAGGCAUCACGAGUAUUUCAAGGCCUAUAGAUCCAAUGGUCAUCUCACAUUACAGCUUGUUCCUCUAGAUGACGAUGUCUUGCCCCAUCCCUUUGCCGAUGAAAAUGAAAAUGAAAUCGACGAUCAAUAUUGCAAUGCGGAAGAACAACAAGAAGAAACAGCAGCCCUGGAAAUAGAGACUGAAGAUUCGAAUGCUAUUGGUGAUUUUGUCCAUAAGGUUGAUAAUUGUUAUAACAAUGCUGAGAAGGAGAUUAUACAUAAGGAUGCGGAAGAAACAAGGGGUGAAUAUGAAUCUAAAAUAGCCGAGUCGUCUGUUGAGAAUGGGAGUGUUGCGAAUACGAUGGGUGGAAAUGGAGGAGGCGGCGGCAAGUGUUUGAAUUACAACAGUGUGAGAAUAAACUCAUCUUGUUUUCUAGGAGUGCCAGUACCAGCAAUCAAGCCAGUUCAUACUUAGCUCUAUCACAGAAAAAGCAACUAAAAAUCUUCAGUCUUACGGUGUUGUUUAGGGUUCAGUUUGGAUACCUUUGAAUCACUGGUAGCCUUGUCUUAAACCCUUUAGUCUUUUGAUUAAAUUUUUUGCAAACCCUUA